ACAUUACCUUAGUCAAAUAGAGGGUUUCAAACAAUAAUCAAGAAUGGGGUAUUACAAGACAAUUGCCUUGGUCCUGAUGUUAAUCAUUAUAGGAUUCAACGGAACCAGAGCAGCCUGUAAUGAACACAGCCAGUGUAUGAACGGUGGUACCUGUGAGGAGGCCGGUACAUGUACAUGUGCAACGGGGUUUACUGGAGCUACCUGCGUUACAGCGGUCGACUGUACUGAAAACAGCCAGUGUAUGAACGGUGGUACCUGUGAGGCGGCCGGUACAUGUACAUGUGCAACGGGGUUUACUGGAGCUACCUGCGUUACAGCGGUCGACUGUACUGAAAACAGCCAGUGUAUGAACGGUGGUACCUGUGAGGCGGCCGGUACAUGUACAUGUGCAACAGGGUUUACUGGAGCUACCUGCGUUACAGCGGUCGACUGUACUGAAAACAGCCAGUGUAUGAACGGUGGUACCUGUGAGGCGGCCGGUACAUGUACAUGUGCAACAGGGUUUACUGGAGCUACCUGCGUUACAGCGGUCGACUGUACUGAAAACAGCCAGUGUAUGAACGGUGGUACCUGUGAGGCGGCCGGUACAUGUACAUGUGCAACAGGGUUUACUGGAGCUACCUGCGUUACAGCGGUCGACUGUACUGAAAACAGCCAGUGUAUGAACGGUGGUACCUGUGAGGCGGCUGGUACAUGUACAUGUGCAACGGGGUUUACUGGAGCUACCUGCGUUACAGCGGUCGACUGUACUGAAAACAGCCAGUGUAUGAACGGUGGUACCUGUGAGGCGGCCGGUACAUGUACAUGUGCAACAGGGUUUACUGGAGCUACCUGCGUUACAGCGGUCGACUGUACUGAAAACAGCCAGUGUAUGAACGGUGGUACCUGUGAGGCGGCCGGUACAUGUACAUGUGCAACAGGGUUUACUGGAGCUACCUGCGUUACAGCGGUCGACUGUACUGAAAACAGCCAGUGUAUGAACGGUGGUACCUGUGAGGCGGCCGGUACAUGUACAUGUGCAACAGGGUUUACUGGAGCUACCUGCGUUACAGCGGUCGACUGUACUGAAAACAGCCAGUGUAUGAACGGUGGUACCUGUGAGGCGGCCGGUACAUGUACAUGUGCAACAGGGUUUACUGGAGCUACCUGCGUUACAGCGGUCGACUGUACUGAAAACAGCCAGUGUAUGAACGGUGGUACCUGUGAGGCGGCCGGUACAUGUACAUGUGCAACAGGGUUUACUGGAGCUACCUGCGUUACAGCGGUCGACUGUACUGAAAACAGCCAGUGUAUGAACGGUGGUACCUGUGAGGCGGCUGGUACAUGUACAUGUGCAACGGGGUUUACUGGAGCUACCUGCGUUACAGCGGUCGACUGUACUGAAAACAGCCAGUGUAUGAACGGUGGUACCUGUGAGGCGGCCGGUACAUGUACAUGUGCAACAGGGUUUACUGGAGCUACCUGCGUUACAGCGGUCGACUGUACUGAAAACAGCCAGUGUAUGAACGGUGGUACCUGUGAGGCGGCCGGUACAUGUACAUGUGCAACAGGGUUUACUGGAGCUACCUGCGUUACAGCGGUCGACUGUACUGAAAACAGCCAGUGUAUGAACGGUGGUACCUGUGAGGCGGCCGGUACAUGUACAUGUGCAACAGGGUUUACUGGAGCUACCUGCGUUACAGCGGUCGACUGUACUGAAAACAGCCAGUGUAUGAACGGUGGUACCUGUGAGGCGGCUGGUACAUGUACAUGUGCAACAGGGUUUACUGGAGCUACCUGCGUUACAGCGGUCGACUGUACUGAAAACAGCCAGUGUAUGAACGGUGGUACCUGUGAGGCGGCCGGUACAUGUACAUGUGCAACAGGGUUUACUGGAGCUACCUGCGUUACAGCGGUCGACUGUACUGAAAACAGCCAGUGUAUGAACGGUGGUACCUGUGAGGCGGCCGGUACAUGUACAUGUGCAACAGGGUUUACUGGAGCUACCUGCGUUACAGCGGUCGACUGUACUGAAAACAGCCAGUGUAUGAACGGUGGUACCUGUGAGGCGGCCGGUACAUGUACAUGUGCAACAGGGUUUACUGGAGCUACCUGCGUUACAGCGGUCGACUGUACUGAAAACAGCCAGUGUAUGAACGGUGGUACCUGUGAGGCGGCCGGUACAUGUACAUGUGCAACAGGGUUUACUGGAGCUACCUGCGUUACAGCGGUCGACUGUACUGAAAACAGCCAGUGUAUGAACGGUGGUACCUGUGAGGCGGCCGGUACAUGUACAUGUGCAACAGGGUUUACUGGAGCUACCUGCGUUACAGCGGUCGACUGUACUGAAAACAGCCAGUGUAUGAACGGUGGUACCUGUGAGGCGGCUGGUACAUGUACAUGUGCAACGGGGUUUACUGGAGCUACCUGCGUUACAGCGGUCGACUGUACUGAAAACAGCCAGUGUAUGAACGGUGGUACCUGUGAGGCGGCCGGUACAUGUACAUGUGCAACAGGGUUUACUGGAGCUACCUGCGUUACAGCGGUCGACUGUACUGAAAACAGCCAGUGUAUGAACGGUGGUACCUGUGAGGCGGCUGGUACAUGUACAUGUGCAACGGGGUUUACUGGAGCUACCUGCGUUACAGCGGUCGACUGUACUGAAAACAGCCAGUGUAUGAACGGUGGUACCUGUGAGGCGGCCGGUACAUGUACAUGUGCAACAGGGUUUACUGGAGCUACCUGCGUUACAGCGGUCGACUGUACUGAAAACAGCCAGUGUAUGAACGGUGGUACCUGUGAGGCGGCCGGUACAUGUACAUGUGCAACGGGGUUUACUGGAGCUACCUGCGUUACAGCGGUCGACUGUACUGAAAACAGCCAGUGUAUGAACGGUGGUACCUGUGAGGCGGCUGGUACAUGUACAUGUGCAACGGGGUUUACUGGAGCUACCUGCGUUACAGCGGUCGACUGUACUGAAAACAGCCAGUGUAUGAACGGUGGUACCUGUGAGGCGGCUGGUACAUGUACAUGUGCAACAGGGUUUACUGGAGCUACCUGCGUUACAGCGGUCGACUGUACUGAAAACAGCCAGUGUAUGAACGGUGGUACCUGUGAGGCGGCCGGUACAUGUACAUGUGCAACAGGGUUUACUGGAGCUACCUGCGUUACAGCGGUCGACUGUACUGAAAACAGCCAGUGUAUGAACGGUGGUACCUGUGAGGCGGCCGGUACAUGUACAUGUGCAACAGGGUUUACUGGAGCUACCUGCGUUACAGCGGUCGACUGUACUGAAAACAGCCAGUGUAUGAACGGUGGUACCUGUGAGGCGGCCGGUACAUGUACAUGUGCAACGGGGUUUACUGGAGCUACCUGCGUUACAGCGGUCGACUGUACUGAAAACAGCCAGUGUAUGAACGGUGGUACCUGUGAGGCGGCUGGUACAUGUACAUGUGCAACGGGGUUUACUGGAGCUACCUGCGUUACAGCGGUCGACUGUACUGAAAACAGCCAGUGUAUGAACGGUGGUACCUGUGAGGCGGCUGGUACAUGUACUUGUGCAACAGGGUUUACUGGAGCUACCUGCAUUACAGCGGUCGACUGUACUGAAAACAGCCAGUGUAUGAACGGUGGUACCUGUGAGGCGGCCGGUACAUGUACAUGUGCAACAGGGUUUACUGGAGCUACCUGCGUUACAGCGGUCGACUGUACUGAAAACAGCCAGUGUAUGAACGGUGGUACCUGUGAGGCGGCCGGUACAUGUACAUGUGCAACAGGGUUUACUGGAGCUACCUGCGUUACAGCGGUCGACUGUACUGAAAACAGCCAGUGUAUGAACGGUGGUACCUGUGAGGCGGCCGGUACAUGUACAUGUGCAACAGGGUUUACUGGAGCUACCUGCGUUACAGCGGUCGACUGUACUGAAAACAGCCAGUGUAUGAACGGUGGUACCUGUGAGGCGGCUGGUACAUGUACAUGUGCAACAGGGUUUACUGGAGCUACCUGCGUUACAGCGGUCGACUGUACUGAAAACAGCCAGUGUAUGAACGGUGGUACCUGUGAGGCGGCCGGUACAUGUACAUGUGCAACAGGGUUUACUGGAGCUACCUGCGUUACAGCGGUCGACUGUACUGAAAACAGCCAGUGUAUGAACGGUGGUACCUGUGAGGCGGCCGGUACAUGUACAUGUGCAACAGGGUUUACUGGAGCUACCUGCGUUACAGCGGUCGACUGUACUGAAAACAGCCAGUGUAUGAACGGUGGUACCUGUGAGGCGGCCGGUACAUGUACAUGUGCAACAGGGUUUACUGGAGCUACCUGCGUUACAGCGGUCGACUGUACUGAAAACAGCCAGUGUAUGAACGGUGGUACCUGUGAGGCGGCCGGUACAUGUACAUGUGCAACAGGGUUUACUGGAGCUACCUGCGUUACAGCGGAGUUCAACUCAUUAAGUGCUGCGAUCAAAGUCAGUGGGGUAAAAUAUACAACUGAAUUGGGUGACACUUCUUCAACUGAAUUCGUGGAAGCCGCUGAACUGUGGGAAGAAAGGAUCGCUGGCGGUUACUGCAAUGCUACAGCCGAUUCAAGGGACGGCACUGCUUGCCGAAUCAUGGUGAAUGUAACAGGAUUCUUCAAUGGUUCUCUAGUAGUUAAUUUCAAUGCUGAGUUUGACAGCUCUGUGGCUUCCACUCUGAAUGCAUCUAAUAUCCAAAUCUUGAACGAAAAUGGAGUUCCCUACGGUACAACGGUUUCUGGCAUAACUCUUAUCUGCGAUGGGGUGACGUGUGUAGACUGUACAUCAUGCAGCGAAGCACCUACCCCGGCCACAAGAAUGCUAGGGACUCUUCAAUGUUAUUCCUGUUCGACUAACUCCAUAACGGAUGUUUGCUCUACUGCUGAUGACCUUGCAAGCGGUUCUGGAGUACUAACUCCUACAUGCUAUGAAGGACAGCGUUGUUGGACUGAUCAUUAUGAGAACUCAUCACACACGGUUGUGUCGCGUGGAUGCACGGAUAACCCAUGCAUUGCUAACUUGCAUGGAGAUGGACCUUACUGCACUUCGGCGAAUGGUGUUACCAGUUGCACAUCAUGUUGUACUGAAUCAAAAUGCAACGACAACAAAUCCAGCUCUGAGGGUCUCACUUCUAGCUGUGUGACAUGGCUGACAUCUCUUUUCUCAGUGGUCAUCAUGAUCAUCACUUAUAGAACCUAAA